ACCGGCGUGCGCCCCGGGCAGAGCGCGGGCGUCAUGGCGGCGGGGCCUUUGGACGCGGUGAGGAGGGCGUUACGAGAGUUCCCGGCUGAGGCGCGGGAGCUCAGUGUGCCUCCUGCUGUGCCCUACCUGGACCAGCCCCCUACUCCACUCUGCUUCUACCGGGACUGGGUGUGCCCCAACAGGCCCUGCAUCAUCCGCAAUGCCCUGCAGCACUGGCCAGCCCUUCAAAAGUGGUCCUUUCCCUACUUAAGAGCCACCGUGGGCUCCACGGAGGUGAGUGUGGCUGUGACCCCAGAUGGUUAUGCAGAUGUGGUGCGAGGGGACCGCUUCGUGAUGCCUGCAGAGCGCCACCUGCCCCUGAGCUGCGUGCUGGAUGUGCUGGAGGGUCAGGCCCAGCACCCAGGAGUCCUCUAUGUGCAGAAGCAGUGCUCCAACUUGGCUACUGAGCUGCCCCAGCUGCUACCUGACCUGGAGCCCCAUGUGCCCUGGGCUUCUGAGGCUCUGGGAAAGAUGCCUGAUGCUGUGAACUUCUGGCUCGGGGAGGCAGCUGCAGUGACAUCCUUGCACAAGGACCACUAUGAGAACCUGUAUUGUGUGGUGUCGGGAGAGAAACACUUCCUGUUACAUCCGCCCAGUGACCGGCCCUUCAUCCCCUAUGAGCUGUACACACCAGCAAGCUACCAGCUGACUGAAGAGGGCACCUUUAAGAUGGUGGAUGAAGAAGCCAUGGAGAAGGUGCCCUGGAUCCCCUUGGACCCCCUGGCUCCAGACCUAGUGCAGUACCCGAGUUACAGCCAGGCACAGGCCCUGCGCUGCACAGUGCAGGCUGGUGAGCUGCUCUACCUGCCAGCUUUGUGGUUCCACCAUGUCCAGCAGUCCCAUGGUUGCAUUGCUGUGAAUUUCUGGUAUGAUAUGGAGUACGACCUCAAGUACAGUUACUUCCAGCUACUCGACUCCCUCACAAAGGCUGCAGGCCUCAACUGAUGGUGUCCUGUGGAUACCACCAAGGAUAGCUCAGGAGAAAGGGGCAAGUUCUUCCUGGCUUCAUCAACUGCAGAGACAACCUGGAGUUUUGCAUACUUGCUGCUGCUGGUCCAGGGCCAGCAAGGGUUAGGAUGCAGUCAGGAGGUGUCAGGCAGGUCUAGUGUGGGUGCCAGGAAGUUGCCACACAGGUGAGGAGGAGUGGGGAUCAGGCGCAGCAGUCACCCAUGCUGUGACCUUGGACCUGUCACCACCUCUUGGCAUUGGUGUCCUGGCUCCAAAGCGGAGAUAAUAAUGGUCUACCUCAAGGGUUGUUGUGGGGAUGGAGAUAAUAUUUGGGAGGCCAGCAUGGGCCAACACAGAGGAAGUGGUCAAUAAAAGAGUCUGUAAUUCACCUA